AAAUAGCAGAGCAUGAAACAGCAUUGGCCUGCUGGAACACUGGAAGAUUCUGUGCAAGUACUAACAAUUGACAAGAAGAAUGAACUCUGCCAUCUUUCUGUGCCUGGUCUUGGUUGGCCUUUGCAGUGUCACUCAUGGGCAUCAUGUUCCUGUUGAACUCAAUAGCACCGCUGCGCCGGCUCUGAAGCUAUCUCCUGCCAAUACUCACUUUGGUCUUGAAUUGCUAAGGCAGAUAUCUUCAGCAUCGCCAAGCAAGAAUGUGAUCUUCUCACCCAUCUGUAUCUCCAGUGCUAUGGCACUUCUAGUAAUGGGAACAAACUCCGAUUCCCGGACACAGAUUCUAGACACCCUUGGUUUUAACAUGACAGAUAUCCAGGAGAAGGAGAUCCAUGAUGGAUUUCAUAACCUCUUUGCUUUGUUGACCCACCCAGAUAACCUGUUCCACCUUGACAUAGGAGAGGCUCUGUUUGUAAAAGAAAGCCUACAGCUCUUGCAGAAGUUUUUGGAUGAUGUCCACGCCUACUAUGAUACAGAAAUCUUAACUUCAAAUUUCCAGGAACCAGCAGAAGCUGAGAAACAGAUCAAUAGUUAUGUAGAGAAGAAGACCCAAGGGAAAAUCACAAACUUGGUCAAGGGCCUUAGCCCAGAAACUGCACUGGUUCUAGUUAACUACAUUAUUUUUGGUGGUGCCUGGAAGAAACCUUUUGAUUCAAAAUUUACAACAGAAAAGGACUUCAUUCUGGCUGAUGGAACCAAGGUCAAAGUCCCCAUGAUGGCCGGGUCGGGGUGGUUCCACUACCUCUUUGAUGAGGAGCUUUCCUGCACAGUGUUACAGCUGGACUACAAUGGUAGUGCCAUUGCAUAUUUUGUCUUGCCGGAUGCUGGAAAAAUGGAGCAGUUAGAGAAGGCACUUUCCAUGGAUAUUCUCGUCAAAUGGGCGCAACGCAUUCAGCGUAAAACAGCACAGGUGUUCCUUCCAAAGUUCAACAUUUCAUCCAGCUAUGAGCUGAAGGAGAUCCUCAGCAAAAUGGGUAUUACGGAUAUCUUCACGGAUCGGGCUGAUCUGUCUGGAAUCACUGGGCAACCUUUGAAGGUGACAAAGAUAUCCCAUAGGGCUGUGGUGACUGUUGAUGAGAGUGGUACUGAGGCGGCAGCUGCUGGUGCUAUAGAAAUGAUACCUAUGUCUAUUCCUCCAACCCUUUCUUUCCACCAUGAGUUUCUGUUCCUAAUUAUGCAUCCAGACACCAGGAGUUUGCUCUUUAUUGGCAAAAUGGUCAACCCAGAAAAUGAGGCAUAAGCAGCAAAGUACCGGGAAUUCUGAAUGAAGCACUAGAAAAAAGUUCCUUUGUAACCUGAAUUUAAUUCUGCCUUUUUUCUCCCUGCAAAAGCAGCACAGAAUGAGAUGGCGGUGGUGCCAGGGAUAGGAAAAUAGAAAUAGCUGCGGAACCUCGGUUGCCACUGGCUUUCCAUGCCCCCUUCAAAGCAUGGGCAGUAAUCUGUUUUCAUUCUCCUGAAACAAAUAAGAGGUCAAAAGAAAUCUGCAAGUAUGCAAAAAUCUGCAAAAAUAGUUCCAUGAUAAAAACUGCAAGGUUUGCCGUCAAAUUACCUAUGGUUUCAGUAGUGCUCUUUGCUAUUUUUCCAAGAGAGAAAAGUUUUGACUACAAAAAUUCAGUGGGAAAUUUGGCUUACUAAUUCAAAAAUGUAUAAUUCAAUGUACUACUAAAAUGAUCACAGAAGGAUAAAACGUAAAACUUGCCUUAAUAA